GAGCAGGAAGUAGAGCAAAAGAGAUUAGAAGCUGAGAUUAGGAGUAAUUUAAUUAGAGAACAAGGGGAGAAGAUAAGGGGGCAAGAGAAGCAGAUUAGUAAUUAUCAGCAAUUAUUAAGAACUGCUGAAAGUAAUCUUAAAAAGGGACAAGAAUUGCUAAAUAAGAAAGAAAAAAAAUUGGAGGAGUUGGAAAAAGAGAAGAAUUUGAUUGGGGAGGAAUUAUCUUUAGCAAAUAGCAAAAUCCAAGAGUUAGAAUCGACCUUGUUGGCGGCCAAUGGUAAAAUCUCGCGAUUAGAAGCAAAAAUCAAGGAAUUAGAAAGCAAACAGGAAAAUUCUUCCGAGUUAGAAAGGUUGAAAAAAGAACUUGCGACCGAGAAGCAAAAAAGUCAGCAGGAGAAAUCUAAACAUAUUCAGGAGAUAAAUCGUUUAAAAAGUGAGUUGACUGCCACGAAGAAGCGUGAGGAGGAGUUGGCGGAGAAGAUAAAGGAGUUGGGGAAAACAAAGCAAAAAGCAGUCCAAAAUACUGAAACUGCUUCUUUUUGA